UUUCCGGUCCAUCAGUCCCUAAUAUUUACAUUAAACUUUCAGAAAAUCAAUCCUAUUGUUUAACUGAAUUUCUGUUUGAAAAAUAUGGAGAAGAAUUUGUAGUAGGACAGGAAGCUUUAAUGACACAUCCAAGGACUGAGGAGGAAAAAAUAAAUCAUUUAAAUAUGAUUAGCUAUGGAGAUAAAUAUUAUGUUUAUCGUUUGGAUUCAAAUAAAACCGGAGAUGAGGAACGAGCCUUUCUUAUGAACGGUUUUGUCAGUAAUCAAAAUGGUUUUGAUAAACUCAAAGAAUGUUUACAAAUCAAAAUUUUUGGAGAUGAACAGGAAAAUGAACAGAAUAAUCCAACUUUUGAUGAUUUUUAUAAAUUGUAUAAACGUUUCCACCCAAAACAAUUAUUCUUCAAAGAUAUCCCAAUUUGUAAGAAUGUCAGAUUAAUUAGUAUUAAAAUAUGUCACCUUUUUAGUUCACGAAGGAGUUUAUUAUAAU